GUUACUUGCGCAAUAACCUCAAUAAGAUGAUAAGCAAUGACAAGAUAAGUCACAAAACAUAACUUUACUCAUCUUUAACACUUCUUAUUACAAAUUACCAGUAUAACCAUACUUCAUCAUGUUAUUCAGAUCUGCUUUAACUCAGUUGCAAAGAAGGCUGUACUCCCAACAUGCAUCCAAGUUAACAAAUGUCACCAACAAUGAAGGUGUGAAGACCAUUACAAUGUGCAACCCAAAAACAGGAAAUUGUUUGUCUAUUCCCAUGAUGCAGGAGUUAAUAUCAAAUAUCAGUGCUGAAUGGGAGUGUAAAGAUCUCAGGGUGAUUGUGUUAGCAGCUGAAGGGAAGAUCUUCUCUUCAGGGCAUGAUUUAAAAGAAUUGAGUGAAGAAGCAGGCAGAGAAAGUCAAGAAAAGGUGUUCUCCGUGGCUUCGUCCCUCAUGCGCAGCAUCAUUGAAUGUCCUGUACCAAUAAUUGCAGCUGUCAACGGCUAUGCAGUCGCUUCAGGUUGCCAACUAGUAGCACAAUGUGAUUUGGCCGUGUGUACUGACAUCAGUAAGUUCUCAACACCCGGAGUGAAUGUCGGAAUAUUUUGCUCUACACCAGGAGUUGCUCUGGCAAGAUCCGUGCCCAAAGCAACCACAUUAAAGAUGUUAUUCACUGGGAAACCCAUAGGGGCUGAAGAGGCUGUCCAAACUGGACUAGUAUCACAUUGUUGCAGUAAGGAGGACUUUGAUAAAGUGUUGGAUGAAUUAUGCGCGGAUAUCGUGAGGAAAAGUCGUGCUGUCGUGGAAAUGGGUAAGCGUUUCUAUUACAAACAAAUUGAUCAGGAUAUUAUGACCGCGUAUAAGAACGGUGGGCGCGUUAUGGUGGAGAACUUGAAUCUUGCCGAUGGUAUUGAAGGUGUGAAUAGUUUCGUAGACAAACGCAAACCAAAAUGGACGCACAGCUAAACAGAAUAUUCCCGAAAUUAAUAAAUGUUUCAUUGGACACUGCGUGUUUAUAUUUGAAUUCUGCGUGGCGACUCUUUACUGUCAGGCUACCCCCACCAGUUUUUGCGGGUUAACAGCAGAGAGAACAAAUUAUUCCCGAAAUUAAUAAAUCUUUCAUUGAA